CAGCACCCCCAUCCCCCCCAAGGCGUUCGUGGCUGGCGGUGGCGCUGCUGCUGCUGCCGUGUGCCACUGCCUUUGGCCUCGGGGCCUGGCAGAUCCAGCGCUACUACUGGAAGCUGGAUCUAGUGGAGCGGCGGCAGCAGCGCCUGCAGGAGCCACCAGUGCCGCUGCUGGACGCCCUGCAGGCCCACGCGCUCGCCACCGGGGAGGAAGCCGCACUGCCCCUGCUGCCGCCACCACCUGCCACAUCACCAGCCGCUGCCGGGCCUCAUGGGUCUGGCUCGGCAGCGGACGGGUCUGGUUCGGCGGCAGAUGGGCCUGGUUUGGCAGCAGAGGGGCCUGGGUGGGCGGCAGGGGAGUUGGAGUUUCGGCGGGUGGAGUGUGCGGGGCGGUACGACGAUGCUCGGUCGCUGUUUGUGGGGCCCCGGGCGCACACAGUGAGGGGCGCACAGGAGAAGGGGUACUUUCUUGUCACUCCGCUCGUCCCUCCCCCUGGCAGCCAGCAGCCGGCAGUGCUGGUGAACAGGGGGUGGGUGCCGGAGGCAGUGAGGCGAGAGGCAGACACAUGGAUGGCGGGGGAGAGGGCGAGGGGGGCCGCAGGCGAGGUGGGGAAGGAGGAGGUUGAGAGCGGUGGCAGUGGGACGAGCAGGAGUGGUGGUGGCGGAAGCAGCAGCAGUGGAAGCAGCAGCAGCGGUGACGUUAGUGAGAAGGGCAGCACGAGGGGGUGGUUUGGAUCAGGGGGCGGUACAGCGCGUGCCUCAACCGGCGCUGGGACAGCACUUGGCAAGCCCAACGCCCCUCCUGUGAUCCAUGUGUCCGGGGUGGUGCGAGGCAGCGAGAAGCCGAACCACUUUGUGCCGCCCAACGCGCCGGAGCACGGCGAGUGGUUCUGGGUGGACGUGCCUGCCAUGGCCCAGGCCUGUGGCCUGCCACGUGGCACUCUGCUAUUGGACGCCAUGAAACCAACCGAGGACGAGGAGGAUGAGAAGGAGCGUACGUCGGACAGCAGCAGCAGCAGCAGCAGCGGGCAGGCGGGUGUGUGUCCUGCAUUCUCCAGCGACCCGCGCUUCCCUCGCCCCAAGGACCCGGAGGAGCUCGUGAAGCUGCCAGUCAUGCCCACCGACCACAUCACCUACGCUGCCACCUGGUUUUCUCUCUUCACAGCCACGUCAGUGAUGGCUUACAAGCGCCUUCGAGUCGUGCCCAAGAAGGUGCGCUAG